CUGUCCGGGGCUGGAGAGUCGGCUGGCUGGCGGGGCGUUGCGCACGGUGAGAGCGCGUCGUUCGGUGGCUGUCUCGGUUGCGCUCUGGAGUGAGCCAUGUUCCGGAGCCCAUCUGCCGAGCCUGAGUCUCUCGCAGCAAGUAUAGUAAUUCUGCCCUAAUUUAAACCAUGGAAAAAAAUUCCAUAGCACCUCGGAAGACACACUAUUUGCGCAACAAGAGCAAACAUGACAUGGAGACAGAAGAAACCAAGUCACCCACACAAAGAGUAUUAAGGGACAAGAGUUGUCAGACUGAUCAUCACAACCAUGGCUGCUGUGCCUCAGAAAAGGUUUUGGAGCCUGGAGACCCACCGUUAUUACAACAGCCUGUUCAGACUGCGAAAUCAGGCAUUCUACAAAUUAUUGAAUGUUUCAGAUCGGGCACGAAGCAGCUUAGACUGAUGCUAUUACGAGAAGUAGACACUAUAUUCGAAUGUAAAUCUUGUCGCAGCCUCUUCCGAGGAUUGCCGAAUUUGAUCACACACAAACAAUUUUACUGUUUAUCCAAGCUGCAGGUAGAUGAAGAUCCUCCAAACGGGAAUAAUCAAAGUCAAGUAGUAAAGGAUCUAGUGGAGUCGGUGUGCCCAAGAGCAAAUAAUCCAGAGGUGGUCGUACAGUUAGAAGCUAUUCGGACAAACCAGAAUGCAAUGUUUCUGGUUGUUAAGCCUGCCAAUGAAGCAAACCUCAGUGCUGGUGUGCCUGACUCUGAUAUUCAGGAGGAGGAGUCUGUCGCUGUCUCUCAACCAUCAUUGACUCCAGAAGCUGUGAUUUCACCUUCUGAAAAUACUACAACAGAGGAUACUUCUAGUUUUUCAAAUGUAGAUAAUCCAAAUCCUUCCAGUUUUGUUGCAAGAUCUGCUAAGAAAGCUAGCAAUAGCAAUCCAUUUUUAUGUCGCAUUUGCAAAAAAGAUUUUAAUUGUAGAAGGAGCAUUCGCCGUCACGUUAAAAAAGUACACAAGAAAAAGUUAGAAGAAAUCAAGAAAUGUAUCGAGGUACAACGAAAUACACCUUUGUCUUCUACGAAAGGACUUGGUAGCGUAAUCCAUUCUACAGGUAAAAGCUGUCACAUAUGCCAGAAAUCGUUUGCUACAAAGGCAAAUACAAGGAGGCACAUUGAUGAAGUUCACCGGGGUAUGAGACGAGACUAUAUAACAGAAAGUAGUGCAAAACCUGGCAAAAGUAUGAAUCCUGAAAUUGCAACGCCUAAAAAAGGAGUAAAAACAAUUCCCUGUGCAAAAAUAUCUUCAACCAAGUCAGAUUUCAGUCUUGCAUCUUCUAGUUGCUCUAUUUGCAAUAGACGGUACACUUCAAAAUACUUACUGAAGAAGCACAUGCAAAUAGUACAUAAAACAUCACAAUCUGAAAAUAAUACCAAAUCAGCUGAAGGCCAUGUGGCUGUCACAAAUGGCAAAGUAAAACUUGAAGACUCCUCCUCCUCACAUUCUUCUACAAGUUCCCCUCAAAGUGAAUCUAAGGGGGCAACAAUGGAGAAAAAGUGUAUAUCUGCAGCUAAAAAUAAAACAAAGGGAGAUGGAGGUUCUCCUAAAAAUGUUUCUUCACCUGCCAGUGACAAAAAGAAGUAUCGAAAGUCAAAAUUAUCUGCUGGCUUUGAUUUCAAACAACUGUACUGUAAACUCUGCAAACGGCAAUUCACGUCCAAGCAGAACCUGGCAAAACACAUUGAGCUGCAUACAGAUGGCAACUGCAUUUUUGUGAAAUUUUACAGAUGUCCUCUUUGCUCAUAUGAGACCCGUCGAAAACGUGAUGUUAUCCGGCACAUAACAGUUGUUCACAAAAAGACACAACGUGCUCUGAUUAAAAUAACGGCAAACUUGGAAAGUCGAGUUAUCAAGAAGCCAAUUGAGUGUAUUAUGGAUAAAACGUCAAAAAAACAUCACAAACAAGAAAAGGGUAAAAAAGACACUUCAAAAAAAGAUCCGUCCUCGACCUCCAGCAAAAAAAACGAUGGGGGUGAUGCAGGCAUUGAAGUUAAGGUGACCAAAAACUUUUCAUUACUUAAAUGUAAAACCUGUGGUAAAGCCUUUGCUAAAAAGAAAGAUUUGGAGCAACAUAAAAAGAAUCACAAAAUGAUUUCUACUAAUUCAACUGUAGGUAUAAAAAACAAAGGGAGAAGUACAAGGUCUAAGGCAUCGGUUUCCUGAAGAAGUAUUUUUAAGAGCAUUCUCCACAAGAUAAAUAAUUUUCGUUAAUAAAUGCAAGACAUUUUAGAUACUGUUCUAGUGGAGUCAUUUGAUAAAACUCAGUAUUGGAAACUCCUUCGCCCUCCCUUACAGUGUUUUAUGUGCAUUCUUUGCAUGCUGCAAAAGAAAGCAGCCUGGCCAGCUAGAUUACUUUAAAUCUUGUGUAUUGUGUACAUUUUUUAUGUUAUCUUUUUAGCAAAAACCUAAUUUCUGUAUUUCACAGUCUCCCUUUCAAACUAUGUAUUUUGUAAAUACUGAAACAUGCAAUUGUGUGAGAUAGUCACUGUAGAUGGAUAUCCUCUUGCAUAAGUCAGGAAGAAUUCUCUGAAGAUAGCAGGUUUUCCUGGAAGGUUAUUAUAUUUUUCCAAAAAUUAAUGUGAAGGAAUCAUUUAUUGCUUAUUAGUGUACUUUCACACUUGCGGCAGAGGUUUCCGGCAAUCUGGACGCAAAUGGAUGCAUUUGUGAGACUG